GGGGUUAAACCUAAAACAUUUUAACCAUUGUACAAUUGUAAUUUUAACCACUACAUGGAGACGCAGCGUCAUUGUUUAUGAGGCCCAGUUAAACGUAAACCAGUUGCUUGGCAUUAAUAUAACUUGUAAUUUUCAUUCGUCGUGCUUCGUGAAUGUUCGGAGGUUCGGCUUGUUUUUGUAAGAAUCCGGAAGGGAUCAGGGUCACGUUUCCUUUGCCGUCUGGAGUAUAAGUCCUCAGUACUGGCCAACUGAGAACUGAAAGUGCCAGGCUUAAGCAGGAUACACAGGCAGAGGACAGGUCAUCAGGCGGUCUCCCUAUGUCAGGCCGAAACGGGUCUGCGAGCGAUGCAGACUGUCGGAUCUCGGAGGACUGCCGGUCCCCGGAUGUAGAGCUGAUGGAGUUGGGACCCCUGCUGGAGGAGGCGGGCCGGCAGGCAGCGGGGAAAGGCAUGAUGUCGGAGGGGGCCUCAGUUCUGCCUGAUGAUGAUGAUGAUGAUGAUGACGAAGAGGUGGAAGAGGUCCUGACGCUGCCCCUCCAGGCUCACCACGCCAUGGAGAAGAUGGAGGAGUUUGUGCACAAAGUGUGGAAGGGUAGCUGGAGGGUAAUCCCUUUUCACGUCCUGCCGGAGUGGCUGAAGGACAACGACUACCUCCUGCAUGGACACCGGCCCCCAAUGCCCUCCUUCCGCGCCUGCUUUGGAAGCAUCUUCAGGAUCCAUACAGAAACAGGCAACAUCUGGACCCACCUUCUGGGGCUGAUCCUGUUUAUUUGUCUGGGCACGUACACCAUUCUGCGGCCCAACAUGUACUUCAUGGCACCUCUGCAGGAAAAGGUGGUGUUUGGGAUGUUCUUUCUGGGCGCGGUGCUCUGCCUCAGCUUCUCCUGGCUCUUUCAUACCGUCUACUGCCACUCUGAGAAAGUGUCUCGCACCUUCUCCAAGCUUGACUACUCAGGUAUCGCCCUGCUGAUCAUGGGUUCCUUUGUGCCCUGGCUCUACUACUCGUUCUACUGUUCCCCGCAGCCACGCCUCAUCUACCUCACCAUAGUCUGUGUGCUGGGCAUCGCCGCCAUCGUAGUGGCCCAGUGGGAGCGCUUCUCCACGCCCGCGCACCGGCCCACCCGAGCAGGAGUGUUCAUGGGCCUGGGACUGAGCGGCAUCGUCCCCACAGUGCACUUCACCAUCGAGGAGGGCUUCGUCAAGGCCACCACUGUGGGACAGAUGGGCUGGUUCUACCUGAUGGGCGCCAUGUACAUCACUGGCGCCGGACUGUACGCCGCCAGGAUCCCUGAGCGCUACUUCCCCGGCAAAUGUGACAUCUGGUUCCACUCCCACCAGAUCUUCCAUGUCCUGGUGGUUGCAGCAGCCUUCAUCCACUUCUACGGCGUCACCAACCUGCAGGAGUUCCGCUACGGCCUGGAGGGAGGCUGCACUGACGACACCCUUCUCUGAGAGCAGCCCAGCUGUGGCCCCCUCAGCCAUUUCUUGGUCGAUGCCCCUCCCUCCCCCGCCUCCCUACCCUAUAAAGUGCUGCUGGAACACGCCAUGGUCCCCCGUAGCUCCUUUUCUCCUCUCUUCUUCUCCUCCCCUGAUUUGCUCAUGUCAUACUUGGUUUUCUGGUGGUGGUUCUCUGCUUGGGCUCCUUUCUCCCCAAUAAAGUAUCUUUAGCCAGUGAACUAAAUGGAGGGGCAUCCCGCCGAUGCGGCACCACUUUUUUUUUAUCAAGAUGAAGCUCUAGGCUUGACUUUAGCUCAUUAAGAACAACAGGGUUUUUUUGACCAGAUUGAUUACAUGUUUCCUUGAAGGAAGGGAACCUCAAAGUCAUAGAGAUAUCAUGAUGGUGUCUUUCUUGGCCUACAGAGCUGCCUACAUCAAGUUGUAGGAGGCUUGUGUGAUAGAAUGGGUCCGGGUUGGGGUCAAUACAUUCCAUAUUUAUUCUGUCAAUACAAGGAAUUUAAUUGAAAUUCAAUUCAUGAAUUGAACAUUGAAAAGUCCUGAUUGAAAACAAUGGGCAAUUCCAACAAUUCAUUAUGGGCAUUUGAUUCUGUUGAUUUAAAAAAAAUAAUAAUAAAAGCAGUCAACCCCAACCCAGGUAUGGGUUAUGGAGCUGGAAGGCAAACAAUUUAAAUUACUUUCUUACAAGACAUGGUGCUUGGUACCCUUAUCCCUCAUGUCCCUUUACAAUUGAACACAAUCUUGUAUGAUUGAUAGCUGGUAUGAAACUAACCUUGCAACGCACAAUGGGCAAAUCUGGGAAUAGGUUAACUCUUCUCAUCUUGAGUUUCUUUUCUUUUUAAGGCUAUAUUUCAGAACUCUUAAGGUCAAAUUAUUGCACCUUAAAAGUAUGUUAUUACUGUUUAAACUUUAAGUCAUUGCAUAAGGUCCACCAUGUAGUGUGUAUGAAUAAUCAUUUAGUUUUCCUGUGCCUUACAUGCAAACCUCACUAGCCACGUUGCGUGCCGCGAGCGUUGCAAAAUAAAUGUACAAAUACAUGUUAUUCACACCGCUCGCGUGAAUGAGCGUCUGCGUAGCCAAGCGCUAAAAUAGAACUUGGUUCUAUUGAGAAGCGCCAGAUGCUGCAAGUCCCCUCCUUAUUGGAUAUCAGGAAGAUAAAAAGGGAAACCUACUUAGUUUCUAGUUCUGUGGAUUAAUCGUCGGAGUAGAGAAACGCACAACUGCGUGUGUCGUGAUCGCAUCAAAUGUGGAUGGACAAAAUCAACAUAUGCACACGCGUGGCCGGUGUAGUCCGCAGGUUAGGCCAAUGGAAAUAGUUUUUCAAUAGAUGGGCCAAUAUUGCAGUCAAGUGAACUUCAUUAGGAUCUCCAGAUAUGAUAGGGACCUUAUUUUUUUCCUUUAUAUCAAAUCACUAUUAAACUUUUGACCUCCAAUAGUUCUCAAACUGCUAUUUAUUAAGACCUUUCUUUUUUUUUUAAGCUGACUUUGUGGCUUUAUUACAAAGACUAAGCAAUCUAUGUAUUCUUGACUUUGUGUUGUAUCCUGUGUAGACAAGUUGAUGGAUCAUACAUUUCCCUGAAAUGUAAACACAUAAUAAAUAUUUAUUAAUGGGAA